AGUUAAUUAACAGUGCUGAACUCAUCUGUUCCUGCAAAUAACCAGAUAUAAAUCCCAUGUAUGACCUUAAUAUGACCUUACUGUGACGUGUAAUAUAGUGACGUACACAAUCUCAGUUAGUACACAUAUGUUCCUGCCCGGACUAUUAUUGUUGUUGCACUCUUGGGUGUUAUGCUGAAGAACCAAAGUAAAUGUUCACUAGAACGAUGUGCGCUGUCUUAUUUAUUUAUUGUUAUUGUCUCAUUUAUUAAGUCAGAUCAACACCAAAGGUAAAACACGAUAUGACUGAACUAACAUAAUUGUCUGUAUGUAAUGUCUGUCUGUCUGUAUGUGUGUCAGAUGUCUUUCAUCAUGUCCCCUCAGUCCUCUCCUCUGAUUGGCUGUCAGCUGUUCCCUCACACACACACAUGUUGACCUACAUUAAGUCUGAUCGACCAAUCAGAGCUCAGAGUCUUUAAACUUUGAUGUUGUUAGUUUGUCUGCAUGUCUGCUUCUGUGAAGCCACCCUGCAGGUCAGCCACCGUUUCCAUGACAAUGCUGCCAACACAGUCCAAAGGUCACCUGUUCAGACUGAAGAGAGCCGGGUCACAUGAUUGUCUGUCCCACAGUAACCGCAACCUGAUAGGCCAGAGCUGGGGAGUGAUGUCAUCUGAUAGGCUGUAACCUAGAGACCAGGUGUGUCAUGCAGGAGGCGAGAGGAGGAGACAGACAAGACAAGGGGAGGAGAAGAAAGCAAGUCAAAGAAGGGUAAAAAGAGGAGAAGAAAGGAAGAACGGUAUAUCUGAGGAGUUAGAGGAGGAGCUGACAGAGGAGGAGCUGAGGAACAGAUAGAGAAGGAGCUGAGGAGAAGACUGAGAAGGAGCUGAGGAGCAGACAGAGGAGGAGCUGAGGAGCAGGCGGAGGAGCUGAGAGGAGCAGACAGAGGAGGAACUGAGGACCAGGUGGAGGAGCUGAGGAGCAGACGGAGGAGCAGAGAGAGGAGGAGCUGAGGACCAGGCGGAGGAGCUGAGGAGCAAACAGAGGAGGAGAUGGAUGUCAAUGUGAUCCGGCUGAGUCAUUGUCAGAAGGAGAUCUUCUGUUUCUCAGUGCCGGAGGAGUGUCCGAGCUGUGGGGAGGAGCUGAGGGGGAGCCGACUGCAGGAGGCACCAGUCAGCCUCCCGUCCCCCUUCACUAAUGGACACAAGACGUCCUGCUGCCUGCUGGUCGCACCUGCACACAACAACCUCACCAGAGACUUUGACGGGAUGUCAGAUCUUCACACCGGGAUCUCCAACACUUCAGGAAUUGUGUAUAACUACACUCUUGGUGGAGUUGGUAAAGAUCAGAGUGGGUGGGAACGUUGCAUCAGUGUUCCUCUGGUCCGACCCGACAUGUUCAACCUGCUAGCUCAAUGGGACCAGUACCUGGACCGCUUCUCUGUUGGACCCAUGUGGGACCCUGCCUGGCACAGGUUCGAUGACAAGGACCAUAAUUGCUUCACUUUCUGUCUUCAGUUCAUUAACAGUGUCCUGGCGACAGAGGGGCGGAGCUCUCUGAGCAGAGAGACCUUUACUCACAGCUUCAUCCUGCCGAGGAUGAGGAGGGUCACCAAAUACACUGCACUGUACCAACAUAUCCAGAGACACCAGUACUACGUGGUGGACAGACAGGGGGACAGAAAGGGGGACAGUCCUCUGAACUAAAGCUUUGACUUGAACUUGUUUAAAGCAGUUGUUACAUCAUCUGAUCAGGUGUCUGCUCUCAGACUGUCGCACAGGGGAAGAUGCUGACACAGGUACGUGGUCACACCUGGUCUGGGGUUGUGAGGUGGCUAAAUUCACAGACACGACAUCAGAGACCUUCUCUGCUGUGGAAUCAAGAUUCAGGUCUGGAAUGGUGGACAUACCUGCAGGAAGAACACCUGGAGUACUAUACACCUGUACCAGGUGUUAACUGGUGAGGAACACUGGGCUGUAAACUGGUGAGGAACACUGGGCUGUAAACUGGUGAGGAACACUGGGCUGUUAACUGGUGAGGAACACUGGGCUGUAAACUGGUAAAGAACACUGGGCUGUUAACUGGUGAGGAACACUGGGCUGUAAACUGGUAAAGAACACUGGGCUGUAAACUGGUGAGGAACACUGGGCUGUUAACUGGUAAAGAACACUGGGCUGUUAACUGGUGAGGAACACUGGGCUGUUAACUGGUAAAGAACACUGGGCUGUAAACUGGUGAGGAACACUGGGCUGUUAACUGGUAAAGAACACUGGGCUGUUAACUGGUGAGGAACACUGGGCUGUAAACUGGUAAAGAACACUGGGCUGUUAACUGGUGAGGAACACUGGGCUGUUAACUGGUAAAGAACACUGGGCUGUAAACUGGUGAGGAACACUGGGCUGUAAACUGGUGAGGAACACUGGGCUGUUAACUGGUGAGGAACACUGGGCUGUAAACUGGUAAAGAACACUGGGCUGUUAACUGGUGAGGAACACUGGGCUGUAAACUGGUGAGGAACACUGGGCUGUUAACUGGUGAGGAACACUGGGCUGUAAACUGGUGAGGAACACUGGGCUGUUAACUGGUGAGGAACACUGGGCUGUAAACUGGUAAAGAACACUGGGCUGUUAACUGGUGAGGAACACUGGGCUGUAAACUGGUGAGGAACACUGGGCUGUAAACUGGUGAGGAACACUGGGCUGUUAACUGGUGAGGAACACUGGGCUGUAAACUGGUGAGGAACACUUAGCUGGUUGAGGGUUUGUGUUCUUCACCAGAACAAUCAUAGGACAAUAAAACAUUCAGUUCCAAACAGAAUCCUUCAUCAUCAUCAUGUUGGAACAGUUUAAAAAAGCUUCUCCUGUAUGUUCUGACUAAAGAUAAGUUCUGAUUAAAUGUUCCUCAGGUUCUGGUUAAAUGUUCCACUAAUUCUGGUUCCUCUGGAGAUAAAAACCUGAGUCAGAGACUAAUGUUCUUUUUACAAGGAACUCAGAUGGAGGUGUUUCAGUGUGUUUUGGAUCCUGAGCUUCAGACAGAAACGUCUCGUGUUCAGUUUGAUUUGCAAAUGUUUAGAAUAUUUUAUUUUUGUUUGAUGUACGAAGAAACACAAAUAAAGAUUCAGACUUCCUGUUUAA